AUGGCAAACAACUUUGAUAAACAAGAGAUAGACCGCGUGCUACAGCAGAGGCGGAAGCAGCGCGAAUCCAGAGCCUGCUACCCCUGCCGCCAACGCAAGGUCAAAUGCGACGGCACGCAGCCAUGUCGGACAUGUCGGAGACGAGGACAUCCGGAAAUCUGCGCCUAUGAUAUGUCUCAUUCACGGAAUAGGUCUGCGUCUGCUGGGAAUGAGCAACCUGCCGGUGAAACUGGUCCGGAGUUGAACUGGAGACCCGAACCGGUGCCAAGAUUGGGAUCGCAGGGGUCUUUGCCAAGUCCUCGAACUCAGGGUUGGAAUCAAGGGCAGGCGCAGGUUCAGGUUCAGUCGCAGGGGAAUCGAGCCAAUAUAGCGGAGGGAGGUGAGAAGGAGUACAUAUUCUCCGGGGAUAACUCUGUCGUCUCUAUUCUCCGCCAGCGCACGCAGGACGCCAACGGUUUCAUGGCCCGGGAGGUCGGGUCGGUGCUUGGCUUGCAGAAUACGUACAACAGUUAUCCAUUCAUGGACUCGAAGACGCCGCAGGAACAGUGGUCCUCGCUGUUGCAGAUUCUGCCCCAGCGGAAGGAGGUUCUGAAGUUCUUCCAUUUCUAUCGCUUAUGUGGAUAUCCAUUCAAUCCCAUUUUGGUAGACGUGGAUCGCUUUGAAUUGGAUCUCUGCUCGUAUCUUAAUGCCCGAGCUGCAGGAGAGUUCCGGGAUCCCAAUUGCAUCUCUGAGCGAUGGUCAACAGGCGGGUCCGUUGGCCAUAUCAGUCUGCUGCUAGCUACGUUGUCGGCUGGGGCACACUACUCUGACCUGGAGGAUCCACAGCGCUCCGAAGCAUAUCAAGAGCUAGCCCGUCGUUCAUUCCACGCUCUACGCUUGGCUAACUUUCUCUUUCGUCCAUCGCUGGAUACCAUUCAAGCUCUGUUGAUACUGGGAAAUACGCUACAGAAUAAUGGUCAGUCAGAUGCUGCAUGGGCAUUACUAGGAACGACUGUUCGAUUGGCACAAACUCUGGGGCUACAUACAAAUAAAAGCAUGGCACAUUUGCCUGAAUAUGUUCGCUCCAGAGCCAAAUCGCUAUGGCUUGCGAUUGUCUGGCAGGAUGGUUUGCUCUGUCUUUGCUACGACCGGCCACCCAUCGUCACCAUAUCCGGCUGGGCAACAGAUACCUCUAUAUUCUCUCGUACAAAUUUAUCAUACACUGAUAUCAUGCACUACCUCUGUCGGAUGGCUCUGGAUAUUGUCAGGUCAGAUGAAACAGAAAUACAGGAAACCAGCCGGUCACUGGACGCGUUGACAACCUUGGACAACGUCUACAGCCGGGCAGAGCCGCAUUUAUGCUCGCGCGAAUACUGCAGGACCUUCCAUCAAAAUCUUGAACAUCUGGCAUUGAAGAUGCAUCUCUGCUUCGUGGUUUCAGUCCUCUGCCGCCCAGCUGUCAAACGGACCCAGUCGCGGGAUGCAUUCCAUGGACAUGAGCUACUCCGCACCCGUGCUAAAACCAGUCUACUCGAGGCCUCCAAAGCAUUCCUUGAUUUCCAAGCACUGAGUAUCGUCCCCCUUCGCACAUGGUCGAUGGUGCAUACGGUACUGAGUUCGACGCUGUUGCUGUGCAUCUGGGAAGAAACACGACACGAUCCGGAAUGUCGGGAUCUACAACAGAGAGUGAUCGAGGUGUUCUCAGCAACUGGGCCGGCUACCGGCGACUCGGGGGCAGCGUCCGAUAACGCACAGUGGCUUUCGGAGCAGCAUAUUCGGGCAUUGGUUACCCUACGUAAUGCGGUGGGGAGUGCUUUGGAUCAGCAGACGGAGCAGACAAUGCCGCAUGGGGCCGAGACCGCGCCCGAUAUGAACAGUCUCUUCCUUGGUUUUGGUAUGCCAAACGCCUUCCCUGAGGGAUUGAACAUAUCGGAUGUAUCGCCUGUCACGUAUAUCGAUUCCAUCAUGAACGUCCCACUUUUUGAUAUCUCUCAGGAGAGCCAGUUUUUGUAA